CCCCUUCAAAUUGGGCGCCUAUCCUCCUGCUGUCUUCCUCAUGUCCUCCAGCCCAUCAUCUGGCAAAUGUCGUCUUGCGGAAAUUAUCCAAUAUAGUUGCGAUGAAGAAAUAGUUCGAGGGAAUUAUACUUACCAUUGCUGGCCUAUAGUUCGCAUAUUCAGACUGUGUCCUGGUCGGCCUGCCGUUGAACUUACACGCUUUGUAAACGUGGAGUCCUCAACCGGGGCUAUUGAGGUUCCAUCAACCUCGAGCGAAAUGCUACCGAAAGGGAAGCCCUGGCGGGACGUCGUUCACCAUAACUCAAAGAAUUCAGAGACUUAGGACGCUGUAUCAUGGUUUUUUUGCCUUGCCUUGCCUAAACCGUCCAUGAUGUCUUUUGCAUGUUACGCUAGUACAGAAUUAUGGGUCUCUCAUUCUGUUGUCGCCUCGAACAACGGGAUCCAGAGCGGCGGUGACCCUCCGACGGCAGUGAGUUAUUGAGUUUCUCAAGCAAUAUACUUUCCAACAACCCAUAAUUAAGCGGUCGAUCACUGUUAUGCUCUCCAUCUUUGACAUGGUGCAAAAGCGAUGCCGGGUCUCCUAUGCGCAAAUCGGCCGUGGCAUCGACAUCAUACAUACCUGUUCUUAGGCCUCCGAUCACCUUCCCAUUCCCAAGAGUUGCUCUGCGCAUACUACUCACAUAUUUCCCUGCCUGAUUGAUGCUUUCAUACUCGUGUGGAUAGUGAACGUGGCUAUGGCUUUGGCUUCCACCUCAUUUGGUCCUUUGGACAUGACCAUCACAUACCCGAUCUAACGAUUGGGAUUAACGUUGUUACCAGUAUCGUUACCAACUACUCUUUCUGGACUUCUAGAGAAUGUGCGUCAACUUACGGCGAUCGUAUUUCCGGGAAUCUCGCGUCCAUUGCAAUCGAGGAUGUCAUCGAUGUGAAUGACUAUCGCGGUGAAUGUCAGCCUUCACUUAAAAGGCCUAAGUAGUCUGUUGCGAAAUGCUUUGGAUAUUACCUGUAUGCUUCACGAGUUGAAACUCGCGAUGGCAAGACGUGCCCUACUCUGGAAUCCAAUAUUUCUACGUUCAAGGAAAGCAGAGG